ACGAGAACCCGGUUACUGAAACAAGCGAUGAGUACGAGGUUGUAUGUUCUAUGGAUGAAACCGAAAAUUGAAGUUCAUUCAUUCAUCAAUGGCUUCUUCACCUACUCUUCAAAUUCAAAUGGCAACAUCAAAAUUCAUUCUUUCUCCAAACGCUUCAGCGUUGAAGAUUUUCUUUAGUCCCAAUAACAGCAUAAAUUUUGGGUCCAAUUUCAAACUUCAUGUUCUUUCCUCUAACAACAAUGGUUCAGCUUCUAGCUGUUCUUCUCGUGGGUCUGCAUCAAGUUUAAAGAAAGAUGAGAACAGACGCAGAAGUGAUCUUGAGUCUCUCUUCUGUUAUGAUAAAGCUAUCCCAGAAGAAAUAAUUGACAAGCCUGUUGGGUUAUCAUUGUCCGAAAAAGCUAUCGGUAACAAUUGCCGGUGCACCGAUUGCCAUGCCAAAGGUGCUGUGCUUUGCGCCACUUGUGCCGGUUCUGGUCUAUAUGUUGACUCCAUAAUGGAAAGCCAGGGCAUUAUCGUUAAAGUUCGUUGCCUAGGUUGCGGAGGAACUGGCAAUAUAAUGUGCACAGAAUGCGGGGGACGAGGUCAUCUGGGACCGAAAUGAUCUAAGUCUGACUUUUUGGAAUUCUGUUGUACCACCAAUAUGUAAUGUUUUCGUUGGCAUUACUUGUAAGUCAUAAUUAUUUUUAAAUUUAUUUGUUAUGUCAAGAAUAUCUACCUAUACCAACCAGAUCAGUCUUACGGUUCUUAAUUAUGCGAACUCGCAAUAUUCUUUUGUCAUACAGAUUGAUUACUUAAAUACAUUUAAAUGAAAGUUACAUAUAGUUGAUUUGGA